CGUGGCGGGGCUCGGGGCCAACAGGGCUGCUGCUCAGCUGGCGAGCGGCGGUGAGCGGCAGGGGCAUGAAGGCGAGCCCGGAAAGCGGCUGCUGAGCCGGCCGGGAGGAGCGCCAGUCCCCGAGGAUUCCGAGAGUGCGGAGCUCGGGCAGGGGCCGGGAGGCGCGGGGGAGCCGAGCCAUCCCCUCAGGAACGUGUCCCAGGGCCGACCCGGCCCGUAGUGUGGCAGCAGCUUCAGGUGUGUCCGUGGACAAGUUUGAGAGGCACUGUACUGUACCAGUCUCCCUUUAACUGGAUCUUGGCAGAUGGUAGGUGAGCCCGUGAAACAAUAUGAAGAGAAGAAAAUAGCCUUUUAAGGAAACUGGCCCACAGAAAGGAUGGCCUUCUUGGACAAUCCAACUAUCAUUCUAGCUCAUAUUCGACAGUCACAUGUGACCAGUGAUGACACAGGAAUGUGUGAGAUGGUUCUCAUUGAUCAUGAUGUUGACCUAGAGAAGAUUCAUCCUCCUUCAAUGCCUGGAGACAGUGGGUCAGAAAUUCAGGGAAGCAAUGGUGAGACUCAGGGCUAUGUAUAUGCCCAGUCAGUCGAUAUUACCUCAAGUUGGGACUUUGGUAUUAGAAGACGCUCAAAUACAGCUCAAAGAUUAGAACGACUCCGAAAAGAGAGACAAAACCAGAUCAAAUGCAAAAAUAUUCAGUGGAAAGAAAGAAAUUCUAAGCAAUCAGCCCAGGAGUUAAAGUCACUAUUUGAAAAAAAGUCGCUCAAAGAGAAACCUCCACAUUCUGGAAAGCAGUCAAUAUUAUCUGUACGCCUGGAGCAGUGUCCUCUGCAGCUGAAUAACCCCUUUAACGAGUAUUCCAAAUUUGAUGGCAAGGGUCAUGUAGGCACAACAGCAACCAAGAAGAUCGAUGUCUACCUCCCCCUGCACUCAAGCCAGGACAGACUGCUGCCAAUGACCGUGGUGACAAUGGCCAGCGCCAGGGUACAGGAUCUGAUCGGGCUCAUCUGUUGGCAGUACACAAGCGAAGGACGGGAGCCGAAGCUCAAUGAUAAUGUCAGUGCCUACUGCCUGCAUAUUGCCGAGGAUGAUGGGGAGGUUGACACAGAUUUCCCCCCACUGGAUUCCAACGAGCCCAUUCAUAAGUUUGGCUUCAGUACUUUGGCCUUGGUUGAAAAGUAUUCAUCUCCUGGUCUGACAUCCAAAGAGUCGCUCUUUGUUCGAAUGUCCUACUCAUCCAUCGCCCAGCAUAUUGUCACAGAUGGAGCGCAUACUGACUUCCGAGGAGAAAGCAGGGGAAGAAAUGCUGCUCAUGGAUUCUCCCUUAUUCAGGUGGACAACACAAAGGUCACCAUGAAAGAAAUCUUGCUAAAGGCAGUGAAGCGAAGAAAAGGAUCCCAGAAAAUUUCAGGCCCUCAGUACCGCCUGGAGAAGCAGAGUGAGCCCAAUGUCGCUGUGGACCUGGAGAGCACUUUGGAGAGCCAGAGCGCCUGGGAGUUCUGUCUGGUCCGCGAGAACAGUUCAAGGGCAGACGGGGUUUUUGAGGAGGAUUCGCAAAUUGACAUAGCUACAGUACAGGAUAUGCUGAGCAGCCACCAUUACAAGUCAUUCAAAGUCAGCAUGAUUCACAGACUCCGAUUCACAACUGAUGUACAGUUAGGUAUCUCUGGAGACAAAGUAGAGAUAGACCCAGUUACGAAUCAGAAAGCCAGCACUAAGUUUUGGAUUAAGCAGAAACCCAUCUCAGUCGAUUCUGACCUGCUCUGUGCCUGUGACCUUGCUGAAGAAAAAAGCCCCAGUCACGCGAUAUUUAAACUCACGUAUCUAAGCAAUCACGACUAUAAACACCUCUACUUUGAAUCUGACGCUGCUACCGUCAAUGAAAUCGUGCUCAAGGUUAACUACAUCCUGGAAUCACGAGCAAGCACUGCCCGGGCUGACUAUUUUGCUCAAAAACAAAGAAAACUGAACAGACGUACAAGCUUCAGCUUCCAGAAGGAAAAGAAAUCAGGGCAACAAUGACACCGGCCUCCAGCUUCAAUCUGUUGCCAUAGCUCAGAGCCUGCCUGCCAGGGCCAGGUGGCCCUAGAGCCCACCCUGUGUCCUGCAGUCCUCGGGGAGGCCAGCCCUUGGCUCACGAGGACAGGGCUGGUGGGCUCUUGGGGAAGGGGGGGCACCCCCCUAGAACAGAGCUGGGGACGUUGCCACGGGGCCGAACCCUGAGUGGUAAUGGCUUUGAUUAGCAGUGCCCGGGGCCGGACGACACCGAGAGGAGCCACAAGCUGCCCAGCCAUCUUCGCUGCCUGGCGGCCCCGCCCGGAGAUGUACACAGCCGUGCCCAGGCCCGGAGAUGUACACAGCCGUGCCCAGACGCGUCCUUGCAACUUGAUCAAAUUUCUCAAAACAAACGAAGAACAAAAAUGUAUGGUUCUUUUUUUGUUUCUUCCUUUUAAUAAACUCUUUAUCAUGGUUGGUAUGAUGGACCAUUCUUUGGGGCAGAGGAUUGAUUAUGUUAUUCUCUUUAAAAUCUGUUCCCAUAUUGAACAGGCAGAUUGGAAAAGCUAUGGCUCGAUUUUUCAGAAGAAAUGUUUAGGAUUUAGUCAAUAGUUUUAACUAUGCCAUUUGUUUAAAUGAGUGCAUUGCUUUGAGGAUAGUAUCUUACUAAAGUUAGGAAGGGGACCGAGUGAUGUGUGUCCAAGGCUGCGCCAUUUUCCCCUUCAGAAGCCUCCUCUCCUCGGCUCAUCCCAGCACCUCUGAUUUCAGGAAGGCAGGACUGCAUGUAAAGCUCGGGGCUCGGAGAAGUGGGGGUCACACUGAGCUCCCAGCCUCUCUUCUGUUUCCUAAAUAACAAAUCUAAGUUUCAGCUGACAGUUGGACCCGCAUGUGGAUUUUUUCUGGACUCAGAAGAGUCUCUGCUGUGCUGUCUCAGAGGGGCCUCGGCUCCGUUUCUCCUCUCCUCACAGUGCCUGCCCCCUGGUCUGAGCAGGAAGGAAGUGCUGCUUUCACUGCAUCAGAGACUGCGGGGCGGGAGGAGCUGCUGCCAGGGGUCCAGCUCCCAGGGGGUGGGGGGCAAGGAAUCAGGUAUCUGCUGACACCACCCCUCUGGCCACACCUGAUGCCUCUGUGGUCCUCGCCAGCCUCUCCAGGGUCCCUCCCAGGGUGACGUCCUUUCGCACUGGCCCUGGCCAAGAUGGUGGACUGAGGUUUCAUUGAGGACCUGCAUUUCAAAGUUUUUUAAAUCAUUGUACAGGAAGCGACGUGGCUGAAACAGCCUCUCACAGUUGAGGGUCCAUUUGCACAGAGGCACCUAAUGAAUUCCUCUUUCAUUCUGAUCUUUGUCCAGCCAACAGAAGCACCCUUUUCUAAUGUCUUCCAUUCCUAUCCACCCCAGAAACAAAAGACAUAUUAUUUGUAGCUUGCUAUCUGUAUUUGAAUUUUUAGCAAUUUUAUAUUUAGAUAUCUUUGAAAAAUGUAAAUGACUAAUUUGGUCAUUAAAUCUUGUGACAUAUUCAAUAUUAAAAUAAAAAUCUUAAACACCU